GGCGGAGAGAUCCAAGAAAAGAAAAUUAUUCAAUUCUGCAAUUAGUCAAUUCUACUGAAGUGAGGACACACCAUCUGCCUGUUUCAACAAACUCAUUAAAAGCAGUACCGAUGAACGGGAAACCUCUACUUCCCUCCUUAAAUUCCUCCCACUCUUCCCUGCUCCAUCACCUCUGCCUGCCUUUGCUCACUUCAUUCUGUAUGUUCUGCAAUCUCUCUCUUGCCCUUUACGUGUAAUUGGGUUUUGCUUUUUGGGUGGUUUGUGUGUCAAAGUUUUCUUCUUUCUCUGGUAUAUUGUCUUUGCCGUGUGCAGGGGAUUCUGGGCGUUGUGGGUUUCAAUCUGCACCCACUGUUUUUCUAAAUUUCUAAUGGUUGUUUUUUUUGAAUUUUUCUAUUUCUUGCUAUACUAUCAUCCCAUUGAUUAAUGUAAAUGGUGGAUUUCCUGAUUUCCUUUUCAUUAGUGCUUUAUUCCUCUGUGUGCUUUUCAAUUUUGAUGUCUGCUUUUAUAAAUACCUGCCUUUGUUUUUGCUACACUUGACUACUUGAGCGUUAAAGAGUUCAGUUCUGCUGUAAAUUUGAUAUCUUUUCUUGUUUAUAUGUUUGUUAUCAGGAAAAUAGUACUAUAGUUCAUUAAUGAAAGUAGUUGAAUUUUACAGGUUGUUAAACUAUGUUUUCCAUGAUGCGUAAGCAAACACGAUUUUCAACCACUUAGGAGUAAUG